CCCUCCUCUUCCAUGAGGCGGCUCUGAGACUCAGUAGCCACCCAUCCCCCUGAUUCCCGUCGUCUUCCGAUCAACUCAAAGUCUUCUUCUCUUCAGUUUCCACAGACCUUUCACUUUCAGAUUCAGUGUUCUUGAGGUUCAGAAAUAUGGCGAAAGAACGUGCUUUUCUCGUGAGUUCCAAAGCGGAGUUGAAACGGAAGGAGAAGCAACAGAAGAAGGCCAAGUCUGGCGGUUUUGAGUCCUUGGGUCUUAGCCCCAAUGUGUACAGAGGAAUCAAGCGAAAAGGUUAUAAGGUGCCGACACCAAUUCAGAGGAAGACGAUGCCAAUCAUUCUCUCAGGUGCUGAUGUUGUUGCCAUGGCUCGUACUGGCUCUGGUAAAACCGCUGCGUUUCUGGUACCCAUGCUUCAGCGUCUGAAUCAGCAUCUUCCUCAGGGUGGUGUUAGGGCUCUCAUUUUGUCCCCUACAAGGGACUUGGCGCUUCAGACUUUGAAAUUCACCAAAGAGCUUGGCCACUUCACAGACCUUCGUGUUAGUUUAUUAGUUGGAGGUGACAGUAUGGAAAGUCAGUUUGAGGAGUUAGCUCAAAAUCCUGACAUUAUAAUUGCAACGCCUGGUAGGCUUAUGCACCAUUUGUCUGAAGUUGAUGACAUGUCGCUGCGCACUGUCGAAUAUGUUGUUUUUGAUGAGGCAGAUUGUUUAUUCGGCAUGGGUUUUGCUCAGCAAUUGCAUCAAAUUCUUACGCAGCUGGGUGAGAACCGUCAAACCUUGCUUUUCAGUGCUACAUUACCUAGCGCCCUUGCUGAAUUUGCAAAGGCUGGCCUGCGUGACCCUCAGCUUAUUCGUCUGGAUUUGGAAACUAAAAUCAGCCCUGACCUGAAGCUUGCAUUUUUCACGUUGAGGCAGGAAGAAAAAUAUGCAGCAUUAUUGUAUUUGAUUAGGGAGCAAAUUAGUUCCGAUCAGCAGACACUUAUAUUUGUAUCCACGAAACAUCAUGUGGAAUUUCUUAACACAUUGUUUAGGGAAGAGGGUAUUGAGCCAUCUGUAUGUUAUGGUGACAUGGAUCAAGAUGCUCGCAAAAUUCAUAUAUCAAGGUUCAGGUCAAGAAAGACAAUGUUGUUGAUUGUGACAGAUGUUGCUGCUCGGGGCAUAGAUAUUCCAUUACUUGAUAAUGUUAUCAAUUGGGACUUCCCCCCCAAGCCUAAAAUAUUUGUUCAUCGAGUGGGGAGAGCUGCAAGAGCGGGGCGCACUGGUGCUGCCUUUUCUUUUGUAACUUCAGAGGAUAUGCCAUACCUUUUGGAUCUUCAUUUGUUCCUCUCAAAACCAAUCAGAGCUGCUCCAACUGAAGAGGAGGUUCUGCAGGAUAUGCAAGGAGCAUUUUCCAAAAUUGACCAGGCAAUAGCAAAGGGAGAAACUGUUUAUGGUCGUUUCCCUCAAAAGGUCUUAGAUCUUGUAUCAGACAGAGUUCAAGAAACCAUUGAUGCUUCUGCUGAGCUAAUAUCAUUACAGAAGAGCUGUCAAAAUGCAUUUCGUUUAUACUCGAAGACAAAACCCUUGCCUGCAAAGGAGUCUAUUAGAAGAGUAAAAGAUUUACCACGCGAGGGAUUGCAUCCAAUAUUCAAGAAUGUAUUGGAAACAGGGGAAUUAAUGGCACUUGCUUUUUCAGAGCACUUGAAAAAGUUUAGGCCAAAGCAGACUGUUUUGGAGGCUGAAGGUGAAGCAGCUAAAUCAAAGCAUCUGCAGGGACCUGCUAGUCAAUGGGUUGAUGUGAUGAAGAAAAAAAGAGCCAUUCAUGAGAAUAUUAUAAAUUUAGUCCAUGAGCAACGCUCAAAGAAUAAGGAAGAAGAGGGGGAAAUUCAAUUGGAUAUGACGCCUUCUGUGGAGAAAGGGAAAAAAGUUUCAGCAGUAUCUGGUUCUAAGAGAAAGCCACAAAGUUUCAAGGAUGAGGAAUUCUACAUAAGCUCAAUACCCCAAAAUCACCAUAUGGAAGCAGGUCUUUCUGUCAGGGCUAAAGAAGACUUUUCUUCUAAUAGAUUGGAAUCAGCUGUCCUCGAUCUAGUUGCAGAUGACAGUGCGGGCAUUCAGAAACAAAAGUCAGUAUAUCAUUGGGACAAGAAAAGUAAAAAGUACAUCAAGCUAAACAAUGGUGAGCGUGUUGCUGCAAAUGGAAAGAUAAAGACAGAGGGUGGUGCAAAAGUGAAGGCCACCAAGACUGGUAUAUAUAAGAAGUGGAAAGAACGCUCACACAAUAAGAUAGGUCAUAAGGGGAUGGAUAAUGAAGGUGAUUCUUAUGGAGCCACUAGUUCAGCAGGGCACUCCCGAGGCGGUCCCCGGAAAUUUAAAGGCAGCAAGAAGCAGCAUUCAGUGCCAAAUGCUCAUGUGCGUUCAGAGAUCAAAGAUCUUGAUCAAAUUCGAAAGGACAGGCAGAAGAAAGCUGACAGACUUUCUUAUCUGAAGAGCCAGUCUGCUAAAAAGGGUAAAAAAUUUGGUAAAAAUGGGAAAAAAGGAAAGGGUGGUGGUGGACGUGGAAAGAAAGGGAAGGGAAGGUAAGAUUUUGUCAGUGACAUUUUGGAGGAAAUGUUACUUUGUUUGUUUUAAAAUAUUUAGGAGCAGGGAAAGCGAGGAUCACAAAGAAGAUAGGAAAUGAAUUAGAGAAAUGUGGCUCUCUAGUGAAGUGAGGAGAAAAGUAAACUGUAUAUUUUUUCCCUGGGGGCAAUUUUGUUGGUUAAAUGCAAGGUUUCCAUUGUAAUGUUGUGCAGUUCUCAUUCUUGAAUUUUGCCCUAUUCUCCAGUGCUUUUCUCAAUCAUGACAUUUUUAGUUCAUCUUUA